AUGCGCGGCACGACCACGGCUAUGUCAAGUUGUGUCAUCUUCCUGGCCGGAGCGCCUGAUUCGUCCGCAAUAGACUGGUCGAAGUGGUCGGAGCAGGACGAUGACCAUGCAAUAUGUCUUCGCAUCCGGCGGUAUCUUGGGCUUGCGAAUCGUGAAGACGACAACUCGUUGUACACUAAGACACAAGCAACGGCAUCUCAUCCCAUUGCAAAGUGGCGACACGUGCCUCUCAACGAGGACGCUGAACCGGAGAAGCAACCAGAAGCAACACAGUUUUUGUCUUUCAACAAUGCAUCAAGAGAACAGCCCGACCAAGAGCACGUGAAAUUUCUCGAAUACUCGUUGGCAGCACUACAAAAUCUCGACUCUUCACAGAUUGCCUCAGCGCCUCUGGAUUAUUCCACAUACGAUGAGACCACUUUUGUGAGUGCACUUUCCUUCAAUUCAGAUGUCACGACAUCACUUCCGACGACGGCUUCGAUCUCAACGGAUGCGUCCGACGAGCAUCAGCAACAGAUCGUGAACUUUGCAGGAUACAUCACAGACUUGAAGCGGAUACCUACAGCACGCCAUCUUGACUCUAUUCACCCACAGACCAUGACUAUCAACGUUCUGGCCAGUGUCAUCUCAACCCAACCACCACGCACGGUAAGGCUGCGCAAACGUGCUGCAGAGAUGGAUAUCGUCGAGGUUCUGGUCGGUGACGAAACCAGAGCUGGCUUCAACAUCAGCUUCUGGUUGCCGCCAACAGACAGCCAGCGCUCCAACGCUCCUUCCAGGUCUGAGGAUCGCUCCAGUCUCAAGGCAGUCCUCGAUGAGGUGAGAAUCGGUGACUUACUUAUGAUUUCGAAUAUUGCUCUCGGCACAUUCAGAAGCAACGUCUAUGGCCAGAGCCUCAGCAAGAGGAUCACGCGGAACAACACCUCUAUCGUGAAGUUGUCAAAGGACAUCGUCGGUCUUUCGGCGCCGACUAUGGCCAAGCUGGGAAGAGUGCGGGAUUGGAGCAGCAAUUUUGUAGGGAACAAGGCAGGCGUGAAACGCGCUGCUUCACCAGAUUCAACGCACUUAGGCCAUCGGAAAAGAAGUUCGCUCUUGCCACCUGAUACCCAGCCAGGCGGACUUUGA